CGGCGGCGGCAGCGACGACGUGGCACCCGGGGAAGGCCGUGCGGGCUGGAAAGCCAGGAGGUAGUGGAGCCGAAGUCAUGUCGGCCAAGGCAGCGGGCCCUGGGGGCUGGGAGGUGGUGAAGAAGGGCCGGCGACCUGGAGCAAGCGGCGGUGGUCGAGGAGGCGGCGGCGGCGGCGGUGAUCGCCGAGCGCUCGGGGAGGCGAACGGAGUGUGGAAAUACGACCUGAGCUCGCCAAUCCAGACCACGAGCACCCUUUAUGAGCGUGGCUUUGUGACAGUCAUGAAGGGACAGAAUAAAGAGCAAGUUCCACCCCCAGCUGCGGAGCCUAAGAAGCCAGCAAACAAGAAACAGCCAAAGAAGGUGGCAGCUGUCAACAGCCAAAACCAGACGCAGGGCCCAUUCCGAAGCCUGGAGGACGCCCUGAGAGCUCUGGAUGUGGCCGCUCUGCAGAAGGAGCUGGACAAGAGCCAGAGCGUGUUCACUGGGAACCCCUCUGUGUGGCUGAAGGACCUGGCCAGCUAUCUCAACUACAAGCUCCAGUGUCCCCGGAGCGAGCCCACCCUGAGCCAGUAUCCGCAUGAUUAUCCCUACAGCCUCGUGAACCGAGAGCUGCGUGGGAUCAUCCGAGGGCUGCUGACCAAAGCUGCAGGGUCUCUGGAGCUCUUCUUCGAUCACUGUCUGUUCACCAUGCUGCAAGGGUUGGAUAAGACUCCAGGGGAGUCACUACAUGGAUACCGCAUCUGUAUUCAGGCCAUUCUGAAGGACAAGCCCAAGAUUGUCACCUCAGACCUGGGCAAGUUCCUAGAACUUCUGAGGUCCCACCAGAGCCGACCAGCAAAGUGCCUGACCAUCAUGUGGGCCUUGGGGCAAGCAGGUUUUGCUAACCUCACCGAGGGACUGAAAGUGUGGCUGGGGAUCAUGCUGCCUGUGCUGGGCAUCAAGUCUUUGUCUCCCUUUGCCAUCGCAUACCUGGACCGGCUGCUCCUGAUGCAUCCCAACCUCACCAAAGGCUUUGGCAUGAUUGGCCCCAAGGACUUCUUCCCACUCCUAGACUUUGCCUAUAUGCCCAACAACUCCCUAACCCCCAGCCUGCAGGAGCAGCUGUGCCAGCUCUUUCCCCGACUGAAGGUGCUGGCGUUUGGAGCAAAGCCAGAAUCUACCCUGCACACCUACUUCCCUUCGUUCCUGUCCAGAGCCACCCCUAACUGUCCUCCCGAAAUGAAGAAAGAGCUCCUGGGCAGCCUGACCCAGUGCCUGACUACAGACCCCCUCAGCACCAGCGUCUGGAAACAGCUGUACCCCAAGCACCUGUCCCAAUCCAGCCUGCUGCUGGAACACUUGCUCAAGUCCUGGGAGCAGAUUCCCAAGAAGGCUCGGAAGUCUUUGCAAGAAACCAUUCAGUCCUUCAGGCUUGCCAACCAGGAACUUCUAAAAAAGGGCAGUAGCAGCAAUGAACAUGUUGUCAGCUGUGAUACAGCCUGCAAGGGCUUGUUGCAACAGGCACGGGGUCCUCGGCCACCCUGGGCCCGGCUCUUCCUGUUGCUUCUGGUCUUUGCAGUAGGAUUGCUGUGCCAUGACUUUCGGUCGCACAGCUCCUUCCAGGCCUCCCUCACAGGCCGGUUGCUUCGAUCCUCUGGUUUCCUGCCUGUUGGCCAGCAAGUGUGUGCCAAGCUCUACUCCUACAGCCUGCAAAGCUACAACUGGCUGCAGGAAACAUUGCCAGCCUAUAGCUCCCACCUGAUUGCUGUGGUACAGCCCGGUUUGCAACUGGCCUGGACAUACACCAAUGCCACAGUCAGCUUCCUUUCUGCCCACUGUGCCUGUUUUGGUGACAGCUUCACUGGCUUCCUGCAGAGGGCCCAGCUCCCUGAGGCCCUGCACCAGCUCUUCCACUCCUUGAAGGAGCUGCUGCUGCUCUUCCACCACAGUGUGCUGCUGCCCAUGUGGCACCUGCUGCUUGUGGCCCUGGCCCAAGCCCAGGAGUACUGCCACGAAGCCUGCAGAGGAAAAGUGACCUGGGACUGCAUUAAGACACAGUUCAGCGAAGCUGCCCGAUGGACAUGGCUCUGCCUACAGGAUGUCACAGUGGCUUUCUUGGACUGGGCACUCGCCAUGAUAUCCCAGCAAUAGACCCUGCUUGCCUGACCACUGGUUUCUGUGGUGGCAAGCUAUCAGAGACUGCUGGAGGGUAGAGAAAGCAGCUCUCUCUUCACCUGGUGCCUGAGUUCUGUCUCCUAGACGAGGGGCCAGGUGCCUCUGCCUCACUUCUCCCAUCUUCAGGACAGUGGCCAGAGUUUCUCAGCCUCUCGCUCACAGGUGUGCUAGGUGUCUCAGCCCCAGUUGCACAGCAGCUCCCGGCAUCCUUUGGGCUGGUAGCCUUGCUCUACAUCUCUCACCCCUCUCUGUUCCUCCAUCUCACCACUUACGCCCCCACAACCCACCUCCAAAGAAGGGACAUAGCCUCCUUUCCUCAUUCCUAGUCAUAACUUAAGCCACAGCAGGAAAAGGGAAGGACUUCAGAAGGGCCAGCACCAUAGUGCUGGGACAGCAGCGUCACCUCCACCAGCAGCCUGGGUAGCCAUCAGUGGACAUGCAGGCCGCGUGGAAAUGCCUGUUACCUCAGGUCACCCAGAACAAGCAAGCCUUCUGAGGCCCCUGGAGCCCUGCUCUGUCAGCGUCCUGGCUUCCCAGUGCUGUUCCCCUCAGUGCCGGAUUCUCUCUCGCGCCUCAGCAAGAGCUGUCCGCAGCACCACCCACCUGGAGAGCAGCGCCCUUACCUCAGCCUGCCAAAGAGUCAGCGGAUGGCUCCUGGGAAGAAUAAAGGACAGAGUGGAUUUCUAGCUUUCCUUUCUUCUUAUCUUCAUGUGGGGAUUUCCAUGAUUGGGGACAGAACAGCAGUCUUGGGCCUCUGUCCUGGGUAUUGCACUGAUGAUUGAGCUUCUGCCAGAGAAAGACCAUCUCUGUCACUCACCACGAGACUCCCAGGAUUCAAUUGGCUCUGCUGAUUUUGUCUGACUUGUCAGUGAUUCCUAUCCAGAAAUUUCCUCCAUGUGAUUGGGAAGACGGGCAGAGCUGGGAGGUCUCCCAGUCCUUCAUUUAUUAAUUGGUUUGUUUUAUGAAACUGGUUUAUACACCAUAACCCCUGUACCCAGUGAGAAAAAGUGCUGUCCAAGGGCCAAAUGUGGCCUGCUAGGCUAGACUGUCCAACAAUGGUCCAAGUGUCCCACAACAUAUUCUGUUUGUUCUUGUCCAUCAGCCACAAACAAAUCAACCCUAUCUCAUGAUUUGGAGAGGACUUUUGACAGCCAGGUGCAGCCACAGCACAAGACAAGAUACUUGACUGUCUCAAGCAGAGUUAGAGAGUGCUAGCCUGGUGUUUUGUGUUUCAGUUCAGCAUCCUUGAGCAUGCCAUGAUUCUCUGUUGGCUUCUACUCUAGUGAUUUAACUUGAGUUCAUAAUUUCUGGUGUUAAAACCCUUAAAUGUACCAGGUGCACACCUUUAAUCCCAAUACUUGGGAGACAGAGGCAGGCAGAUUUCUUUGAGUUCAAGACCAGCCUGAUCUACAAAGUGAGUUCCAGAACAGCUAGAGCUACAAAGAAACCCUGUCUCAAAAAAACAAUCCUUAAAUGCAGCAUUUUUCUUCAACUUGGAUCAGUUGGCAUUGCCACUGCCUCUCUUGGGGACACUGAAACCAGCUUUCCUUGGCUUUACAAGCCUGUUGGGGACAGUGACUCUUAUUCAAAAGAUUCCCCCACCCCAAGCCUGGGAUAGUACAGUGUUCUUUCUGGCUGUAGUCGAGGCUCACCUACACUUCGUUAAGGUAAAGGCAGGUGUUUCAUUUUUACAAAACUGUCAUAGAAGUCCAAGCUGAGCUGGUCAAUUAGACCAGUGUGAAGCCCGCCUGUCCCAGUGGUGAAGACAACUGCUACCAAUGACAACAGUGCCCGGGGGUGGGAGAGGGGUGACCUUUAGUCAGCCUCAUGCAGCAGUUCAACAAGUAACAGGCCAUGACACUGAAGGGCAAUUUGAAUGAGUGUGUCUGUCUCGCUGUUGGCAGUUCCUGUGCGAAUGUGGAAACCCAUGAGUCAUAGACAGUAUUUCUGUUCUCAGGAGUCUACCUUCCUUUGGUAGUUUCAAGUCUUCAGCUUUUGUUUUAGAUGAGGGCAACAUGGUCUCUGCCUGACAAUGUCCCUGAGUCCACACCUGAAGCUUUUGUCAAUCCGUUCUCAGCACCUUAGUGUGGCUUGCUUUCCACAGUGAUGGGCAUGCUUACCAAUCCAAAUCACCCAGGCGUCCUUCACAGAGGUGUCUAUAUGGUUGGGUGACUUCUGAGCAUUUUAAUGUCAUCUGAGAGAGGUGGGACUUGUGUGGAUGCUGAAAGUGGCCCAUUCUACUCUGUGCUAGUGUCCCAUCAUUUAGGGGUGGGUGAAUACUUAUUAUCACAGAUCUUGUCCCUUAAUAAAAACCAAUGUGCUGAGCUGGAUGUGGUGGUGCAUGCCUUUAAUCCCAACACUUGGGACACAGAGGCAGACAGAUCUCUGAGUCCGAGGUCAACCUGGUCUACAGAGUGAGUUCCAGGUCAGCCAGGUUACACAGA